AUGUUCAAUUUCUACUUGGCAGGUGUUCUUGGACCUCUGACUUCCCACAUGUUGUUCUGGGAGAACGUGUUCAUCGACGCUGUUGCUCAAGAGAGGGAUAUUAUUGGAAUGGACCAAGAACCGCAAGAAAUGAUUGAAAGGUAUCGCACUCUGUCAGAUUCGGAACGGAAACGACUGGAGUUGGAGGAAGAUCGUAUAUUGGCUACGCUGCUGCACAACUUGACAUCCGUCAUGGUCAUGUGUAACGCGCCAAUAUCUGCGGUACAGCAGAAGAGUGGCAACGACAUCAGGUUAAAGCCUCUGAGUAGUCGCCUGUUGCAGAGACAAUCGUUCACGGUUCACGUCGGAUCAGACAUGAAUGGCGACAUGAUGUUUCUCGAAGUUUGUGAUGAUUUGAUUAUUCUUCGCGGUUUAAAUGGCAGCAUACUGGACCGUUGGUGGUACGAGAAUCUGAUCAACAUGACCUAUUCGCCAAGGACUAGGGUGUUGUGUUUAUGGCGUCAAACAAAUGAUGGCAAAGUUUCGCUGCACAAGUUCUGUACUCGCAAGUGUCGCAGUUUAUAUAACUGCAUCAAGAGUUCGAUGGAGAAGGCAGCUGCAAGGGGCAAGAUGGCCUUACCAGGUAAAGAACUUGACGGCGAAUUUCCGAUUCAGGACAUCGAGACAAAUCAAGGCGGUCUUCUGCAAGUUCGCAUCGAUGGCAUCACGUUGAUAUUCGCCGAUUCAAAGUUUUUCAUCGAUCUCACUGAUAUCAAGAAGUGCAACACAUAUGGCGGGAACGUCUUCGUGCUUGAAGAGUACGACAGGAAAAACGACUGUAUUGUCCAGCACAAAUUCCUUUCGUUCAUGGUAAGUGCUAGGUGUUUGUACUGCCGCGCGUUUCACGUUGAAUGGUGA